CCAUCAUCGCCUCCGGCAGGCAACCCCAGUCUCCCCAUCGUCACCUCCAGCUACUUCACUCCCCCACCCUCCGCCGCCGGUGCUGCGCCGCUUGCUCGCCGCCCCCUAGAGCGGGCGGGGGACCACCAGGUACACCACUCCGUCCGUGCCUGGUGUUGUCUUCCCCUCGCUCCUCUUCCGGCUCUCUGAUUCGACCCGCGCGCCGGAGCUGGGAGGGAGGAAACCAGAUGCUGUUCUGUUGCUCUCUCUCGCCCCCAGGAAUCCAAACUUAUCCGCUCCCACCAUUCCAGCAGCAGAGCAGCUCCCCGCGGAAAGUACGCAGCUCCGGCCGGCACAAGAGCAGCAAGGCCGAGCAUCAAUAUUUCAGGGCGCAAUCUUUCCGGGCGCGGGCCAGGGACCAACCUUUGCGUGCUCAAGCGCAUCCAGAUGGUGGCUACGGCCCUCCGGAGCAAGACCCUGAGGCGGAGGGGCACUCGCCAGGCUCCCCGGACGCGGAGACGCUUGCUUCCUGGUUGCGUUCUUGCGGCACCGUGGCCGAUGUUCGGCGAGUGCACGGGGUUGCUGUGCGGUCGCCAGAUGGUCCGGGGAUUUUUCUGGCUAAUAAUUUGAUCACUUCAUAUGUGAGGUUCCGUGAGAUUUCAGACGCGAGGAAGGUGUUUGAUGAAAUGCCUGACAGGACCGUUGUGUCGUGGACGGCUAUGAUGAAUGGGUAUCUGAAGUCGGGCAACUACAGUGAGGUCGUCAGGCUGUUCUUGGACAUGAUGGCCAGCGGGGAGCGAGGUAACAGCUUGAGUUUCGUUUGCUUGCUGAAGUCUUGUGGUGAGCAAUCCAAUGCUAAGCUAGGGCAGCAGGUCCAUUGUUGUGUUGUGAAAGGAGGGUGGAGCAAUGUGAUUCUGGAUAGUGCCGUUGCACACUUCUAUGCUCAGUGUGGUGAUGUUGCCAGUGCUUCAAUGAUGUUCGAUAAGAUGACCUCUCGUGAUGUCAUCUCGUGGACAACAAUGAUCACGGCUUAUGUGCAGCAUGGGCAUGGGGAUAAGGCCCUUCAGAUGUUUCCGGCGAUGAUCUCUGAGGGAUUUCACCCUAAUGAGUUCACCGUGUGCAGCAUCCUCAAAGCUUGCGCAGAAGAGAAGGCUCUAAGAUGUGGGAAGCAGCUGCAUGGUGCUCUUGUGAAGAAGUUGUUCAAAAAUGACAUCCAUGUCGGCAGUGCUCUUGUUACCAUGUAUGCCAGAAACAGGCAAGUGUCUGAUGCUCAGGCAGUGUUUGAUAUGAUGCCUAGAAGAAACACUAUUACAUGGACUUCUCUGAUCUCGGGCUAUGCGCAGAGUAGCCAGGCUGAAAAGGCUAUCAUGUUGUUUCGACAGAUGAAGACGCGACGGGUGUCUGUUAACAACCUUACCAUUGUUGGUCUUCUUAGUGCCUGUGGCUCCAUAAGAUCACUCAGUCUUGGUAAGGAACUGCAUGCACAGGUAAUAAAGAAUUCCAUUCAAGAGAAUCUUCAAAUUGGGAGUACGCUUGUUUGGUGCUACUGUAAAUGUGGAGAGUAUACAUAUGCUGCACGAAUUCUGGAAGAAAUGCCAGACCGUGAUGCUGUCUCGUGGACAGCUAUGAUUUCAGGCUACAAUAGCGUUGGUCAUAGUGCCGAAGCACUUAAGUCAUUAGAUGAUAUGUUAUGGGAUGGUGUGACUCCAAAUACCUACACUUAUUCCUCCGCUUUGAAAGCCUGUGCGAAACUAGAGGCUCUGCAAGAUGGAAGGAGGAUUCACGGUGUUGUUAACAAGACUCCUGCCUUUUCAGAUGUGUUUGUGGGAAGCUCAUUGAUCGAUAUGUACAUGAGGUGUGGAAAAGUUGACGAAGCUCGACGAGUCUUCAACGCCAUGCCAGAACACAACUUAGUAACAUGGAAAGUGAUUAUUACAGGAUUUGCUCAGAAUGGCCUCUGUGAAGAGGCUUUUAAGUAUAUGUACCUAAUGCAGCAACAAGGGCAUGAUGCUGAUGACUUUAUGCUUUCAAAAGUUCUGACAUCAUGUGGUGAUCUUCAAUGGAAGUCAGACUCCAUCUCUUUUUCUGGCUCGAAUACUGGUUCACUCAGAUAGAUUUGUACUUAUUGUGCUAAUGUUAUCAUAAAGCUGCACAUUUUACCAGCUGGACAACUAUGAACCACAUGGCAUGCACAUGUGGCUCUGCUGACCUCAGAGUGGUUAACCUGUUGGCCUAUUGUUGCAGCUCAUGCUAAAAAAAGGUGUAGUUUCCUGGUAAUAUGUGCGGAGAAUGCGUAGUUUGUGAAUAUUUUUUCAAGAAGCAUAUUUCUUUUGUCUUGGUUGAUGCUAUAUGUCAAUUUAACAUGUUUUCUAAUGUUUUUCUCACUAAAUUCUGUUCUUGUUAAUGGAAAGAAUCUAAAACCCCCAAGAUGUUACUUAGAUUCAGAAAGUUUCCAUCCACUUCAUCAGUUUGUUGCUUGAAUAGCUGAUUCUUGCUCUAAUGUUUAGCUUAUCAUAUAAUGUAAUCAGAUACAAACCCUUCUUAUUUCUGAACACUUGGGAAAGGUGAUGACAGAGAUAAUGAAACAAGAGCAAAUAAUUGAUGGAGUAAAGCCGUUGCAAUAGUUAUUCUAAUGAAAUGUCAUAUGUCAAAAGUAUUAGUAACAACCAGCCUGUUAUUAGUUAUCCAUAUACUCAUCCACAUCAGAUCCCCUGUCUGGCCACUUCUUUCCUAUUUUCUUCAUCAUCGAACAGACAAACAAACUUUAAGAACACCUUUUGUGCUUCAUCUUCUAAGACAUUGCUUGAUAUUGUUACAUUGUGAAGUAGAUUGCUAUAUGAGUUUCAUGAUGGAUACAAUUAUUGAUGAUUUCUGCAUUGAAGUCACACACUACAACUAAAAGGAGAAUGUUAGUUCCUUUUCCAGUACCGUAUGUAUUUUUGUCAUGGAAAUGCAAAUCUUAGAAUGAAUACUUAAUGCAUGCGUAAAUAGUGAAAACAUUUGUGACAGAAACACUGGAUCUCCAUAUUAAUAUAUCUGACAUGAGUACAGUGUGAAAUGCCAAUUCUGUUUGUUCUUGGCUUCACUUAUUCUGGUUUUGUCACUGCCUUGUAUUGUUUGUAGAAGUAAAAUUGCCCAUAUCAACAUCAAGUGUUUGGUUAAUGCUAUUGCAUGGUGCAUGAAUACAGAACAUGCGCCUGUGUCAUUUCUCUCUGUUUAUUUUCUGGAUGCAUGGCAGAUAAAUUGGCAAAAACAAGCACUUCCAUAUUUUUUAUGGUGGCAGCUGUUUGGCAUGACUCCCAGCUCCAAAAAAUCUAGGCGCUGGAGCUGGGGGUAUAUUAAUGGUGUUGACAUGAGCCUUCUUUAUUCAUGUUAGACUGAAAUUUGUGCUAACGGUAGUAUGGUACUUUAUUUAGCCUACAAACUCCAGGUCCUGCAAGAAACAGGGAGUUGGAAGAGCUCAUUACCUUAACUUGUCUGUGGCCCCGGAGGACAGUUCAAUUUAGUUCAGCAAACACUAGGUGUAUGCAAUUCAUGACUAACCUCUUUAAGUUUGUCUGAACUUCAUUUGGAUCAUAUAGCCUAAAGAAAUUGACACCUUUCACUUUGGGAAACCAAAACAAAACAAUUAAAGUGAUUUGAAAUAGUUGGAAUUUGAAUGACUGUAAAGUUCAGUUAAAUAUACAGAAGUGUGAUGCAGUUCUUGACUCGUACCUUUGAAGCGCCUAGAUCAUAAAUUCUGACUACAGAACAUGUGGAAGCUAACAGAUUUUGCUUUAGGAUAGACAUGAUACAUCAAUCUAAUGAAUCCGAAUAUGUAUAUUGUGCAGUUUAUAAAACCAAGUAUUGAAUUGAAUGUGAUAACCCUUUUUGCACACUGUUCUAUUGCCUUCUAUCUCAUAUUGCAUAAUUUCAGUUUUCUCCUCCAAACAAUUCUUUCAAUCGUCGCGCUGCUUGCAAUUGGUUAUAUAAUUGCUACAUUGUAUAAACAGAAGAUCUAUGUUAGCGAUAUAUUGCCUUAUACAACAGCAUGUAUGUCAUAUAUGUGCCCCACGUGAGGUCUUUCAACAUGUUUCAUCUAUCCUCAAUGAGUAUGGAUUUUCCCUACUGGAGAUUCCAUGGACACUAUAAACCUGUACUAGUCUUUGUAUUGCUUCACACAAUAACUUGCUAUGUGAAUGAACAGUUAUUUGCUGAUUAUUUUAUUUUGUCUUCUACUUCUUGAAGCCGGCCUUAGAAAGUCAGACGGAGAGUCAUGCAAAGGGCUUACAGAUGCAAAAACAUGGCAGUUACAGAAAUGGCCAAUCUGGAUGCUGCAGAGGAAAAGGUUCCAAGUAAUGUCAGCGUUGGGACUUCACCAAGGGGGCUUGCGCAUUAUUGUUAUGUCCAACACCUUGGUGUUCUUGAAUGAUCUGUUGCAUCUGAAAUUUAUUUGGUGCGUGUGAGAAAGAUUCUGAUAGAAGAAGAUGCAGUGUAACAUAAUCAUUAUAGGCAAUAACAAUACAAAAGCAUGCUUCAGUUGCGAUGUUCGUGCCAUGCAUUGUGCUGGUUCAACAGCUUUUUAUGUUGCUUAAGCAUGCUACUUAAGUACUACACUGCAGUAACAUCAUUCGUAUCUAAUGAGACACCAGUGUUGUGUAUUGAUCAACGUAAUACAUCUCAAGCGAAAGGCGCUGGCUGGAAGUAUGGAUGUUUCUGUGUUUUUU